UCUCUCAAACCUCCCCGCUACCAUUGCGAUCCGGCUUUGCUCUACGUCCAUAGGCUGUAAAUUUGCCCGUUGGCCCGCUCUCCCAUCACUUGCGACCGCUUCACACACGACCCUUCUUUUCCAGCAGAGUCAUUCGACGUACAACGCUAGGUACCAUACCGUUGAAAGACAGCACACAAUGACGUCCAACGCCUGCGUCAUCGGCUGUACUGGUCUCGUCGGCCAUCAAAUCCUCAAAACCCUCCUUAACAUCGACGCAUGCGAGACCGUGUCUACCAUUUCCCGCCGUGCCCCCAAGACUGAAUCGUCCCCGAAACUCGACGCCGCUAUUGAAACCGACACCGCGAAGUGGGCGUCUAGAUUCGCAGCGCUUUCUCCAAUCCCGCAGACAGUGUAUUCGGCGCUGGGCACGACGAGGGCUCAGGCGGGUGGAAUACAGAACCAGUGGAAAAUCGACCAUGACCUGAAUGUCGAGCUGGCAAAGGCAGCCCAUGCCGCCGGAACCCAGACGUUCGUAUUCGUGUCGUCCGCGGGAACACGUGGGCUACUGAGCAACGUAGCUCCCUACUCUAAGAUGAAGAUCGGGGUGGAGGACACGAUCAAGUCACUCGGCUUCAAGCAGGCCAUCAUCCUCCGCCCAGGUUUUCUCAUGGGCGAGCGAGACGUCACUCAUACUGGUGGCCCUCUUCUCGAAACAGUGUUCCGCGGUAUGAAGAGAUAUCUAGGCCAAGGUGCGCAGGAUACAUUCGCGCAGGAGGACGAGGUUGUCGCGCGCGCUGCUGUCAAGGCUGCGAUCCUGGCCUCCGAAGGCAAGGCCCCGAGUGAUUACUGGGUUCUUGAGCAACGUGAUAUCGUCAGAUUAGGGCGGGAUGAGUGGAAAGCUUAAGUUGUAUUUAAUUCAUUGUCGUUUUACUUACUGUUAGGCGUCGUGGCGAUGGGAUGGCACACGUGAUUUUGAAACACCUUUCCGAUUUAUACCCAGAAUGUACGAAUCUUC